CACGCUCUGACUCUGUUCUUUAUUUUAAUUAAUAGGUAGAAUUGAGGGCCGAUAUUCUCGUGCCGGGUUUCGCGUCGAGAAAACUAGGCCAAGUGCCUUGUGAAGACGUGAUGGUCCGUUUCCCGAUCCCGGAGUGUUGGAUAUAUUUGUUCAGGGUGGAAAAACACUUCAGAUACGGAUCUGUUAAAUCAGCCCAUAGAAGAACGGGAAAGAUCAAGGGUAUCGAAAGAUUUCUUGGCGCGGUCGAUAAUCUAGAACCUCAACUUAUGGAGGUAACGUCGGGACAGGCAAAGUACGAGCAUCAACAUCGUGCCAUUGUAUGGAGAAUGCCCAGGUUACCGAAAGAAGGCCAAGGAGCGUACACGACUCACCAACUGAUAUGUAGAAUGGCCCUAACCUCUUACGAUCAGAUACCUGAGAACUUGGCCGAGUACUGUUACGUAGAAUUUACUAUGCCUGCAACCCAAGUGUCCCACACGACGGCAAGAAGCGUUAGCUUUCAGAAUCACGAUAGUGAUAAUCCACCGGAGAAGUAUGUUAAGAAUUUGUCGCGACACGAGUACAGAGUUGGAAUCGAGCACACGCAAGGUGAAGGACCAGGAGCGUACGUAUCAGCGACUUAUACGAGAAAAAUUCCUGAAACGACGCCUGAAACGCAAGGCGAAGCGUCGGACGCUGUCGCGGAAUCUGACUCGGAUUCUUCCGAUUAAUUUCAAAUCGGUGGUAACCAUGUAAGGUAACCUGUAACAUGUACGAAAUUUAAGAAGAAUUACUUGUUAAUGAUAAUAAGAUGUAUACAGAAAGCAGAACGAUGCCUGUGACUGGACGCGUGGCGUUUUACGAGUCGCAGCGUAAGUCGAAUGGACAAUUUCUUACGCGAUCAAGCGCAACACGUUAUAAGGUUAAUCGCGUGUAAACCCUAUAAGAUAUAAUGAGGCGAAGAUAUAUUGAUAGUAUUGAUAGUUCCGAACGCACAUCAGUAUUAAACAGUCAGAAUAAAUCGUUCGUGUUGAUGUUCACUUCAAGCUUUUUGGACGGCUACGACCCGCGAAACGCCUGACGUCACUGCGUGUUCAUGUAACGCAUAGCAGUUAAAUGAAAUGUACGUAUGAAAUGAAAUAAUUUGUAAGGGAGGACAAUACCGAUUUUACGUUCAGUUUAGCUUGCUAAGUAGUAAUACGCACUCGCGGUGAAGAGCUUUGCCUUGCUCAAGUUGCGCGUUUCAAAGACGAAUCAACGAUUUUUAACUAUUUUAAAAUUCAAUAAAGAAUCACUUGUUAUGCAUUACAUUACAUUACAUUACAUUACAUUACAUUGCAUUACAUUACAUUACAUUACAUUAUAUUACAUUAUAUUACGUUACGUUAUUUAAUUCUAGUUUCGUCAAAUAAGAAUGCUUAUUGCUUAUGUAUAAAUGUUUAUUUUAUAUUAUCUUUUCUUGAAUUCCAUCGUCAAUGUAUUUAUAAAAUGUUUAAUUCGUUUUUUGAGGACUGUCGUAUCAACACGAUGAUCAGAGGACAAUAGUUGUUAAUUAAGAAAGUCGUUAUAAUUCGAAGAAACGUGCAGCGCAUAUCUUAUCGUUUAAGCUUGCAGAUGAUCUAUAUCAAAUGUUAUCUAGUCGUUUCCAAAUGUAGUUUAUCCUGAAUAAUCGUCGGUUAUUAGAAAUGUAAGUAAAUAAUAAUAAUGAAAAUAGGUAUCGAGAAUUUUGCCAGGCAAAGAGCGAACAUAUAUAUUAUUUGUAUAAUAUUAAUGCGAGCAUGGGAGACUGCAAUUAAUCUAGUUUUUAAUAAUAUUUUGUUCUUGUGCGCGAUUAAAGGUACAAGAAUAUGUUCAAACGCUUUGCGACUCGAUAUAUUAUAACAUGUCAUAGAUAUAAGUUUUCGUUUCAUUUUCUUUUAUUUAAAAAAAAAAAAAAAAAAAAUAGACCGUUGGUAUUAACGGUGGCUAAUCGAAAUAUGUAUCCCGCGUAAUGUGAAAAGAAUCUAUUUAUCUAUAGAUAAGAUAAAUGGUGCGAGAUCUUAUUAAUAAUAACUUUACUUACUUAAGGAAAACAAAAAUCUAGUCACGUAAGUUUCCGUUGAGAUUUUUUCAAUUUUUCGUUAGAAAUUUUUCAUCCUGCAAAGGAGAUCAGAAGAGUCUAUUCUAGUCCUUAGCUUGUAAGAAGUUCGUAUGACAUGUCAGGUGUUGAUUCACUAGUCAUACGUUAUGCUAAGUCUAUUUAGGUUAGCAAUUAACCGAUAAUGCUAAUCGAUUUAACGACGUAUAGAAAAAUGUCAACCGACAUGCCAAGUAAGA